AUGCCUCGCCCAAACCUCCCUCCGACUCCCCAGCCGUCGACAGACAUCACCGGCAAGAGCAGCGCCAAUGCCCCUCAAUUGGAGACGAGCUUCAACUUGCCACCCGCAGCGCUGGGUGGUAGAGGAAGUGUAGCUAGCUCCUCUGGUAAAUCCGAAAACGCCUCAGACUCGUCCUACCGGCCACCUUCCCCGUCGUCCCCAGUCGCGACUUCCAAGCCCGGUCAUGCGCGCAAACGCUCCCAGCAGAGCAUCAUCACCAAGGACGACUAUUCUCUCCCGCCUCCGCCUACUCGAUCCCGCAAGAUCAUUCAGAUGAAGCCCAAGGAUACCCAAGACACGCCCAAGACCUCGUCCAAGACACAGGAUGCGAAGACCACGACCGCUGCCACUAAUGGUACCAAAAGGAAGCAGGCGGGUAACGCCACUGCUGCGGGACGUAAGAUUGCAAGGAAGACGGCACACAGUCUGAUUGAGCGGAGGAGAAGGUCCAAGAUGAACGAGGAGUUUGGGGUACUCAAGGACAUGAUUCCGGCGUGUAGGGGACAGGAGAUGCACAAGCUGGCCAUCCUACAGGCAUCCAUCGAGUACAUGCGAUACCUCGAACAGUGCGUCUCCGAUCUCAAGACCGCCAACUCCCGCCGCGACUCCCCAUCCUCAGCUACAUCCGAGCUCCCGCCACCACCAGUCCGACGCAUGCACGACGACGACGACGAAGACGAAGAGCAAGACGAAGAGAUGGAAGACGCCGUAUCACCCACCUACGUCGAGCCACCACCCGCCCAAUCCAGAUACACCUUCGCCCAAGCCUCCCCCGCCAUCUACCCCUCCGACCGAAGCGUAUACACACACUCCACCACCACAUCCCCUGCCAUCAUGCCCCACGAUCGCAACGGCCACUACUCGGCGAACCCCUCCCCCGCGUUGCGCCCGUCCGACCCACACCACUACUCGCUCGGGCCAGCUUCAGUCCGCUCCACAGUAACUUCGCCUUCGAUCCACCCUUCGCCUGCUUUCAGCGCUCACACACCAUCGGCCACACACUUUAGCAACCCCUUCCACAACGGCCCUCCUAGCACGGGUCCGGUAGCUGCGCCUGGCUCGUCGCAUGCCUCUGUCCAUUUCGCGUUGACGUCACCGGCGCUGAAACCACAGGCUGAUCGUGAGGACCAGGAAGCUACUGAGGCUUUGAUGAUGUUGAAUACCGACCGUCGUAGCUGGAGUGGGGCUAGGGGUAUGAGUGUUAAGGACCUUCUCAGUGGAUAG